AUGGCAACAGUUCAAGUGAGCGAGGCUGAAAAAGUCUACAUUCUGCACGGAAUCAGGGACGACCUGCGGGUGGACGGCAGAGGCUGUGAGGACUACAGACACAUGGAAAUAGAAACUGAUGUUGUGUCCAAUACAGACGGAUCUGCCAAAGUCACUCUGGGACACACCGCGGUCCUCGUUGGGGUCAAGGCUGAAAUAGGAAAACCACGGCCCAUGUUGCCAGACGAAGGAUUUCUAGAGUUCUUUGUGGACUGCUCGGCCAAUGCGACUCCAGAGUUCGAGGGCAGAGGAGGAGAGGAGCUGGGCACCGAACUCAGCAACACUCUCUACAAAGUGUUCAACAACAAACACAGCAUCGAUCUGAAGAGUCUGAGCAUCCUGCGAGGAGAGCACUGCUGGGUCCUGUAUGUGGACGUCCUGCUCCUUCAGUGCGACGGGAAUCUGUACGACGCCAUCUCUGUGGCCAUCAAAGCAGCGCUGUUCAGCACCAAAAUUCCUAAAGUGCACAUUUCUUCCGAUGAAGAAGGAAGUAAAGAAAUUGAACUUUCAGAUGAUCCUUUCGACUGCAUCAGACUCAGAGUCGACCAUGUUCCCUGCAUCGUCACUGUGUGCAAGGUGGGACACAGACACGUGGUGGACGCCACGCUCCCGGAGAAGGCGUGCUCCGUGGCCAGCGUGCUGAUGGCCGUGACACAGACGGGCGCCGUGACCUGCGUCAGGAAAGUGGGCGGAGGAAGUCUGGAGCCAGAGUCGGUGAUGGAGAUGACGGAGACGGGGAAGCGCGUCGGGAAAGCCCUCCACGCUCCGCUCAUGGAGCUCCUGCAGCAGGAAGAGAAACUCGGCAAAUCCAGACAGAAAGUGGGAUUCCUCGGAUAG